AUGAGCGAUGCAGGCAAGAUGCCGGACGUCGAGAUUGUACCCGGCACGGUCGUCAUGAAAAAUGUCGACGACGGCAACGUGAAAAGAGCCCUUGGGAAUGGUUUGGUCCUCUCACCUCAGCCAUCGUGCGACCUGAACGAUCCCCUCAAUUGGAGCACGACGUGGAAGCUCAUCACCGCGACUUCGCAACUCCUCUACGUAUGGGUAUUGGUGUGCAGCGCUUUGUCUCUCGCGCCACUGUUCCCCUUACUAGGCCAGGAGUUUCAUCUGGAUCAACAACAACUAUCACUCCUGACAGGAACCAAUGUGCUUACCCUCGGCUUUGCAAAUGUUCUCAUCGUGCCCGUCGCCAACAUCUUUGGUAGACGACCUGUGGCAAUCUUCUUUGGGAUCCUGGUUGUCCUCACCAAUGUCUGGCAAGCAAUCGCAACAAGCCACGAGAGUCUCCUCGCUGCACGGGCAUGUAAUGGAAUAGCAGCGGCUACCAGCGAAACCAUCAUGGUGCAGACGAUUGCAGACAUGUUCUUCCUACACGAGAGAGCGACCUGGAUGGCGGCAUACUUCACUUUUUACUUCUCCGGCGCCUUCCUAGGACCUAUCAUCGCAGGUUCGAUUGGUAGCCACUAUGGUUGGCGAAGCUUUUUCUGGCUGUCCGUCGCAAUGAGUGCCUUUGUAACCGUUCUUCUAAUCUUCUGUUAUCCGGAGACCAAAUUCAGUCGCCAGCAAGAUGUUGACGAUGUUUGCAUCGAAGUCCCGACCAAGGAUGUUGAGCAAAGCCCAGUCCACGAGAAAGGUGUGACUUCGCAGAGAGACUCGGGAGUUGUGGAUGGCCUCUACCUUCGCAAAGGUCGUCCCGGCAAGACGCAGUUCGCUCCUGUGACGAGACCGGAGAAGAAAUGGAAGAGCUUCGUCAUCCGGGAUCUUACCACGCCAAUCUUGGCCUUCUUCAACCCGAUUGUAUUUUGGUCUGCGAUGAUGCUCGCUGGACCUGCCGAUCUCCUUUUACUGUUCAACCUGACACAAUCCGGCCUCUUCAGCUCUCCUGCCUAUGGAUUCACUCCAGAAAUCGUCGGCUACACCAACUUUGCCUUCUUUGUGGGAGGUCUCUUUGGCGUCCUCACCGCUGGGCCAUUGUCAGAUUGGUGGGCUAGCCGAAUGACCUGGCGCAACAAUGGUGUUCGCGAGCCCGAAUUUCGCCUACCUGCUCUAUUCCCAUACUGCUGCAUCUUCAUCAUCUCACACGUCGUGGGUGCUGUUGGAUAUCAACGUCUCUGGCCCUGGCAGGCUAUUGUCAUUUGUGGAUUCGGCUUCUCCGGCUUGGCUGUCACGUCCAUUCCUGCGAUUGCCAUUGCGUAUGCGAUUGACUGCUACAAGCCAAUCAGUGGAGAGAUUAUGGUUGUUGGAACAGUGCUCAAGAAUAUUCUGGGAUUCUGUCUGAGCUACUGGGUGUUUGAUAUCAUGGCGACAAAAGGGUGGAUAACGGUGUACAUGAUCCAGUUCGCGGUUGGCAUGUUCCCCGUGGCAUUGACCAUUCCGCUCUAUCUCUACGGCAAGAAUCUGCGAAGAUGGACCAAGGACUCGAGCCUGCACCGGAUGGAAAGCAUGUUUUGA